GAAGUCAGUGCCUUGCCUUCUCUCAGGCUUUGAAGCAUUUUUGUCUGUGCUUCCUGAUCUUCAGGUCACCACCAUGAAGUUCUUAGCAGUCCUGGUACUCUUGGGAGUUUUCACCUUUCUGGUCUCUGCCCAGAGUCCAACAACAUCUGCUCCAGUGGACACGUAUCCAGCUACUGGCCCUGGUGAUGAUGAAGCCACUGAAGCUGAAACCACUGCUGCUGCAACCACUAUGACCACCGCUGCUCCUACCACUGCAACCACCGCUGCUCCUACCACUGCAACCACCACUGCUUCUACCACUGCUCAUAAAGGCAUUCUAGAUUUACCCAAAUGGCUUCAGGAUUACCUGAAAGGCAAACUGUUUCCCUGAGAUGGAAUCAACUUGAGUCUUCUGCAAUUGGUCACAACUAAUCACGCUUCCUAUGAUUUCAUCCAACUACUUACCUUGCCUACUAUAUCUCCUUUAUCUUAAUCAGUUUAUUUUCUUUCAAAUAAAAAAUAACUAUGAGCAACAUAAAAA